CUGGUGCCGUUAUCUAUACCGGAUACCAGUAGUACGGGAAAUAGCUCCAAUGUUUACGCUCUUCAAAGAGGAGGCGUAAAUUUAUCAAGAUGAUGGCGAUCAUACCAGCAACUUGGGAAAUGUAUGACAUGUUACAGGCAGUCAUACAGGCCCCAGCCUACCAUUUGAUAUUUGAGGCACUUCUGAUCAUAUUGAUAAUAAAGUUGUUGUUUUCAAAGUCUUAUGCACCAAACAAAACAAUACUUACAGAAAAGGAGAAAGAGGAUCUGAUCAAUGAGUGGCAACCGGAGCCUCUGGUUCCAGAUGUACCAGAUGACCAUCCCAUACUGCAGGCUAUGAACAACAACAUUAUCUCCGGUCGACCAGACAAGAUAAUGACUAUUAAUGGGAAAUCUGUGAUGAACAUGGCUUCGCUCAACUUCCUCGGUCUCCUGGGUGAUGAAUCUAUAGAGGCAGCUGCCCAGAAAGCAUUGAGCAAAUAUGGUGUUGGUUCUUGUGGUCCUAGAGGUUUCUAUGGAACUAUGGAUGUACAUUUGGAGCUAGAGGACCGACUUGCCAAGUUUAUGAAUUGCGAAGAAGCUAUCCUGUAUUCCUAUGGCUUUGCAACAAUAGCCAGUGCUAUACCUGCUUACUCUAAGAGAGGAGAUGUCAUUUUUGUGGAUGACGGUGUGUGUUUUGCCAUACAGAAGGGUCUGGUAGCAUCUAGAAGUCAUAUUAGAUAUUUCAAACAUAAUGAUAUGGAAGAUCUUGAGAGACUUUGUCUAGAACAGCAGAAAGAAGACAAGAGGGUGCCAAAGAAAGCAAAGGUAACAAGGAGAUUCCUUGUUGUAGAGGGAUUAUAUGCCAAACAUGGAGAUGUUUGUCCAUUGCCAAAGCUUGUGGAGAUGAAAUGGAAGUACAAACUUCGUAUUUUUGUUGAAGAAAGUUUUUCAUUUGGUGUGCUUGGAAAGACCGGAAGGGGAGUUACAGAACAUUUUGGUAUCAGUGUAGAUGAGAUAGACUUGAUGGCUGCUUGUUUAGAGAAUGCUAUUGGUGGUGCUGGGGGAUUUUGUUGUGGAAAGAAGUAUAUUGUUGAUCAUCAGAGGUUGUCAGGUCUUGGCUACUGUUUCUCGGCGUCACUUCCUCCAAUGUUGGCAUCAGGAGCCAUUCAGUCACUCACCAUUAUAGAAAAUGACCAAGAAAUGUUAACAAGACUGAGGCACAACUGUGAAAAAAUACAUGAAAAACUGUCAAAAAUUGAUGGUAUGAGGGUUAUGGGUGAUACUGUGGCCCCAAUCAAACAUUUCAGUCUAUCAGAACCCAGUGAUGACAGGGAUUUUGACAACAGAACCUUAGAGAAAAUCACAGAAGAGGCGAUGCAGAGAGGUUUAGCCCUUACACCAGCUAGAUAUCUAGAACAUGAGGAACAUAAUCUCCCGCCACCAAGUAUAAGACUAGCAGUGAACGUGAAGUUGACAGAUGAGGAGAUAGACAACUGUAUGUCAAUACUGUCAGAUGCCUGUCAUGCAGUGCUAUCGAAGAGCUCAUGAUAUCCUUUUGAUACAAGUAUUUUACCAGAAAACCAAAAAAGCCUGAGAUUGAAAAAAGCAGCCGAAAAUACCAUGAUGAAACAGAUGCUUGAAUAGACAUAGUAAAGGACACUCAAUAAAACUACUAAGGAAUGCUCAAAACAUAUUUUACGAAAAUGAAAAUUAGUUUUUGCUAUUUUUGUUAUGCUAUAGUUUUUAUGAUUCAGUUUUCAUAUUGUGCUGUUGAUUUAUACUUUUUAAAUUAUUAAAUGGUGUAUUUAUGUUAAAAAAUUACAAAUAUAAGAAUGAUGAUCAGUAGAUGGAGGUGUGAACCGAAACUUGUAAUUACUCAUUGCAUUUGGAGAACUUUAUGACAAUGUUCUGUAUGAAUUCAUUUAUCUAUUUAAGAAUGUUUGUGGAUUUUGAAUGAGUGGUUGAGACUAUCAUUUUUAGCUCACUGGAGAAUGAAGUGGUCAGGGUUGAGCAAGUGUGAUUGUCCUUUGUCUGUCGUCUGUCAAAUACCUUUAUUAACAUAUAUUUAGAGGCCACAGUCCUUGAGCAGUCUCCAUUAAACUCACUCAGAGUGAGUUGUGCCAAUAGAUCUGGACCCAGUUCGGUAAUAGGACAGGUUGCUCUAAUUACACAGGUCUUAUGGCAGGUAAAUUAGUUAAACUACGUCUGUCAGCCAUAUGUCAAUUCUUGUUAUAUAAUAGAGACCACAUUUCAUUUUUUAAAGCUCAUGAACAUUCCAGAUGUAACAUUUUCUGUCUGAUAUACAUGAAACUUGAUCAGAAUAGGUUUUUUAGCUCACCUGAGCACGAAGUGCUCAAAGGUGAGCUUUAGUGAUCACCCUGUGUCCGGCGUCCGUCGUCGUCCGUCGUCCGUCCGUCCGUCCGUCCGUCCGUCGUCAACAAUUUGACUGUUAACACUCUAGAGGUCACAUUUUUGACCCAAUUUUAAUGAAACUUGGUCAGAAUGUUACCCUCAAUAAAAUCUUGGACGAGUUCGAUAUUGGGUCAUCUGGGGUCAAAAACUAGGUCAUCAGGUCAAAUCAAAGGAAAAGCUUGUUAACACUCUAGAGGUCACAAUUUUGGCCCAAUCUUAAUGAAACUUGGUUAGGAUGUUACCCUCAAUAAAAUCUUGGACGAGUUCGAUAUUGGGUCAUCUGGGGUAAAAAACUAGGUCACCAGGUCAAAUCAAAGAAAAGCUUGUUAAACACUCUAGAGGUCACAUUUUUGGCCAAUCUUAAUGAAACUUGGUCAGAAUGUUACCCUUAAUAAAAUCUUGGACGAGUUCGAUAUUUGGUUAUCUGGGUUCAUAAACUAGGUCACCAGGUCAAAUCAAAGGAAAAGCUUGUUAACACUGUAGAAGCCGCAUUUAUGACUGUAUCUUCAUGAAACUUGGUCAGAUUGUUAAUAUUGAUGAUCUUAAGGUCCAGUUUGAAUCUGGGUCAUGUAGGAUAAAAAAACUAGGUCACCAAGCCAAAUCAAAUGAAAAGCUAGUUUACACUGUAGAGGCCACAUUUAUGACCAUACCUUAAUGAAACUUGGUCAAAAUGUUAAUCUUGAUGAUCUAUAGCUCAAGUUCAAAUCUGGGUUAGGUGGGGUCAAAAACUAGGUCACUAGGUCAUAUCAAAGGAAAAGCUUGUUAACACUCUAGAGGCCACAUUUAUGACUAUAUCUUCAUGAAACUUAGUCAGAAUGUUAAACUUGAUGAUCUUUAGGGCAAUUUUGAAUCUGGGUCAUGUUGGGUCAAAAACUAGGUCACCAGGUCAAAUCAAAGGAAAAGCUAAUUAACACUGUAGAGGCCACAUUUAUGACCAUAUCUUAAUGAAACUUGGUCAGAAUGUUUAUCUUGAUGAUCUUUAGGUCAAGUUUAAAUCUGGGUCAGAUGGAGUCAAAAAACUAGGUCACUAGGUCAUAUCAAAGGAAAAGCUUGUUAACACUCUAGAGGCCACAUUUAUGACUAUAUCUUCAUGAAACUUAGUCAGAAUGUUAAUCUUGAUGAUCUUUAGGUCAAGUUUAAAUCUGGGUCAUGUGGGGGCAAAAACUAGGUCACCAGGUCAAAUCAAAGGAAAAGCUAGUUAACACUUUAGAGGCUACAUUUAUGACCAUAUCUUAAUGAAACUUGGUCAGAAUGUUGAUCUUGAUGAUCUUUAGGUCAAUAGGUCAGGUGAGCAAUACAGGGCCUUCAUGGCCCUCUUGUUUAUUUAGUCUAGGCUGAGUUCGAAAAUGAAUUAUAUGUGAUCAAAAAGUAGGUUUUCAAUUUCUCUCUUGAGACCACAUUUUUAAAUCUUCAUGAAACCUGGUCAGAAUAUUUGUGUUAAUAAGUUUUAUGUCUAGUUUGAAACUGUGUCAUUUUACAUACUUAAGUUGCAGCAUCUUCUGUCAGAUUUGAAUGAAACUUGGCCAGAAUUUUUGUUUUCUCAAUAUCAUGGUCAAGUUUGAAACUAGGUUAUUUGGGCUAAAAAACUAUGACAUUAUCUUAAUUUGUAGAAAAUGUCAUAUCAUCACUUCAGAGACCACAUUUUCUGCCUUAUUUAAACAAAAUCUGUUCAGAAUGUUGUCUCUGUGAAAUCAGUUGCAAUUGCAAACAAAGGUUUCAAUGGACAUUAAAUCUAGGUCACUGGAUUGAAUCAUAGAAAAACAAUAUUAACACAACAAGUCACAUUUUUGACUGAAUCUUCUUUGAAACAUUUGAACCGCACCAUGAGAAAACCAACAUAGUGGCUUUGUAACCAGCAUGGAUCCAGACCAGCCUGUGCAUCUGCGCAGUCUUGUCAGGAUCCAUGCUGUUUGCUUUCAAACCUUAUUGCAAUUAGAGAAACUUUUAGCAAACAGUAUGGAUCCUGACCAGACUGCGCAGUCUGAUCUGGAUCCAUGCUGGUUGCAAAGCCGCUAUGUUGGUUUUCUCAUGGCGUAGCUCAUUUCUUGUUUGUAUAGUUUGAUACUAAACACUUUUACUUUCAUAAUACAGUGUUUCAUAUAAGCAAGGUCAAUCAAGAUCAGGUGAGCGCUAAGGGCCAUCACGACCUUCUUGUUUUGUUAUAUAUACUAUGACUUGUGCGUACAUUAAAAACUUGUGCUUUGUCCAGGUGAGCUAUAUUAGUUAGUCAUGACAUUCUUAAUGCUUUAUCAGGUAUCCUUUUGAACAAAUUAAAUAUUUUGUAUAUUUAAAAAACAGUAGUUUUAAUGCUGAAGAUCAAGAAAAUUUGAAUUGCCAGGAAUUUUUCAUAUUAAUUAUGUUUUUACUGUCGUUUUACAUUUACAUAUUCUGUACAGUUAUAUUGUUUAAAGUUUUCUAAAGUUUAGUUACAUUCUUUUGUCUGUGACUUAAUUUAUUUGGACAAGUUUUUACUUUGAGAGAUUAAUGAUUGAACAUUGUUGUAAAUACAAAGUGAACAAAAGUAAUACCUUGACUUACUAAGAUUCAGGAGCUGCCAUCUCGUACAUUACAAUGCCAAUACUUACCUCAGCUAAUUUUAAUAUUUUUUUUCAGAAUUAUUUAAAGUUACGUUUUAAUAGUUGUAAUAGCUUUUAAUUGAGAAAGUCCCAUUCAUUCGAGUUGACCCUCAGCCAUUGACAUUUAAAUUUGAAGUUUAUGAAUGAUAAGUAUUUCAUUACUGUUUGUGACAGCAUGCAUAGAGCAUGCAGUAUAUGUUAGUCAGAGAUUUGUUUCAUGCUGAUAAUUGAAACACUUUGAAGAUUUAUGCAUUUUUUUUUUACAUGUGAAUAUAUGCUGCAACAUAUAAUCAUAUUUUAAUGUAUGCAUGUAUAUAUAUAUAUAUAUAUAUAUAUAUAUAUAUAUAUAUAUAUAUAUAUAGCUUUGAAACUUUUUCUAUGUAUGUAAGUGUGAACUGCAGUCAUUCAUAAUUACAAGGCAAUGAGGAUGUUGGUUUUACCUUUUGUACAGUAUUGCAUGACAAAAUUGGAAGUUGAGCCAGGUAUGGAACAUUAGAAUAACACAAGAGACAUUAUCUGCCAUGGAACAAUGAAUUAUGGUUGAAUGAUCAGUCGGGGACCUCCGUGGCUGAGUGAUUAUGGUUUGAAACCUAGCUGGAGGUGUUGAAUUUAUCAUAUGAGGAAGCCAUCAAGCUGACUAAUGGAAAUAAUGCCAGGAAUGGCAGUGGGGGUCUUUAUUCGCUGUAAAAAACAUGGAAAGUCACCAUAUGACCUAAAUUGUGUUGACGUCACUAUAAACCCAACAAAAACAAAACAAGAUUGGUCAAUCUGGAAAGGUUGUUAGUCUUGCGGUUGCAUUAGGCAGAUUUAUGUUAAGACUUACUGGUAGUCAUAAUAACGUAAUUUACCAAAUAAAUCUUAAACUUAUUUUUAAAUUACAACCAUAAUAGUUGUCAUAUCAAUGAGGAGGGGGGGAGGGGAUUAAAAUGUACAAAUGCAACAGCAUGAAGAUUAUAUAUGAAAAAAUGAAAUAAGUCCAAUUUAAAUUACAUGUUGUGGAAUAUGUUUUUCAUGUUUGAAAAUUUGAUGGAAAUAUAUGAUUUUGUGGCCUUUCUGUAAUUACCAGUAAUGUGUGCAUAGUGUUUCAUGACUGUAAGUUUAAAUUUGUAAAUAAUUAUUUACCUGUGUGUAUGAAGGCAACUUUCAUUAUUUAUGUAGCACCUUAUAUAUUGAAAGUAUGGAAGUUUAGUGUUAGAUUGAUUGUAAUUUUGUUUGAGAUAUAUAUAUUCUCCAUGAGUUGUCUUUCUUGGUAGACUAUCCAUAAUUAUUGUCCUUACUUUUUCUUUGUUUUUAGGAGAGAGGUUGAGAUUUCAUUGUAGGAUUAAAUAAGAUUUUCUGUCGUAUUCAUGCAGUGUGUAAACCUUGCUGAAUAAUGCUCACAUUGAAAAAAUAAAGCCCUUUCGGAGCUUUAUAUUAAAUGUGUGUGUAAAUAGCAGGGUCUACACUGCAUGAACACCAAAAAAAAAUAUUCCAUAUACUUCCAAAUAAAACAUGUUUCUACACCAAUUUUUCAAAUUUUUUUUUUUUAAUUCAAAUGAUCUUGCUCUCCUCAACCAAAAUUUAGAGAAUUUCUUUUCUUUUUAAUUUUGAAUUGAUAUAGGAAAUUAUCUAUUUAAGAAAAUGAGUGCACACACGUUUUGUUCAGAAUUUAAAAUGUUACUGCAGUUUUUUCUAAUAUUGAUGCUAAUUGCUUUUGGCAAUGAUGCUGUGCUGAAAUAUAUACUAAAUCAUGCAAAAUUCUUGAAUUAAUAGAUAUUGGAAUUAUUUAGAAGCAUAUUCUAAAAAUGGUCUGAUAGACUGCUUCACAUAAAUGUAGUUUUGAACAGCAGAUUUUACAAGUGUUUUCGGCCAUGUAGAUCUAUGUCCUUAUUUGUUUAACAUUACAGUGUUCCUAAUUUUGACACCACAAGUACUUACUGAAAUAUAGAAUGAAAACCUAACAAUUAUGAAAUCUUCACCACUCUGUUAUUAGUGAUUUGAAUGGCAUUUGUAUGUUUUUAUAUUUCUUGAUCUCUAUCUGUAAUAAUUUUGUUUUCAUCAUUUUUUUAAAAUUGCUCUUGAAAAGUUUGUGUUGUUGUGUUUCAUUAAAAUCUUCCAAUCACCAAAUAUGGAAAACCAAAUUGAGACAAAAGUCUUGAUCCUUGCCAUAUCCUUACCAUUAAAUAUAACUUAAUCCUUGAUUAUUUUUUGUCAGCCUGUUUUAUUAAGACUGAAGUAAUUAAUCAUAAGUUUAAUUAUGCCUGCUUUUGAAGAAGAAGGGGGGUGUUUUUUUUGCUCACGCCUUUUGGUCAGUCUAUAGGAUAGUUUAGUAGACAGUUUGGUUUCCGGACUUUUAAUUUAAGACUGUUUGGCCUACAUUGACCAGACUUUAUAGGAUCAUUGCCUAUGGUUAGUAGAUGACAUUCUAUUCUUUGGGGGGAGUGGGGAUGGGCAAAAUAGAUUCAGAUCAGUAUCUUACAAACACUAGGGCCUACACUCAAUAGGAUGAUUGCCUGUGAUGACUAGAUGACCCCUAUUACUUUUGGUUUUAGUAAGUUAAAGGUCAGGGAAGUAUAUGAGACAAUAAGAUUCAAAACAGUUUCUGGUUAAUAAAUGGACAUUGCUUUUGCCUAGGACUGUUGGACUUCAUAGAAUGGUCAGAAGUUGACCCCAAUUGUUUCGAAGUUAGUAGAUGCAUUCUGAUCAAUUACUGGAGAAGGCAUGGACCUACAGUGAUCAUGCUUCAUAGGAUGAUUCCCUUUAGUCAGAAUACAACCCCCAAUGUUUUUGGGUCAGUAGGGCAAAUUCAAGUGUGACCUUGAAACUAAAAAUGGUUUCUGACCAACAGGUGGGAACACUUGUGCUACAGUCGUUCAUAGGAUGAUUGGAAGUUUUCAGUAAAUUUCAAAAACAGUUCAAGGGAUCAGUAUGUCAAGGUCAAAGUCACAAUGAACUUGAGACUUAAAAUGGCUUCUUAUCAGUAGCUUGGGGAUGCUGGGGUAUGUUUUGGGGGUUCAGUAGAUCAAAGGUCAAGAUCACAGUAAUUUUUAAACUUAAAUGAUUGAAGAUAUACAGCUCAGUAAUGCUUUGGCCUAAGAUGUAUAGAUUUUAUAGUGUGAUCCUCUAUAGCCAGUAGAUGACCUCUAUUGUUUUGUUAUUUGGUCGGUCAAGGUCACAACAUACUAGAGACUGACUAUUACACACCGAGUUACCUCUGACAGGUCAUAUGGGGGGGCAUUAGUGUUUUACAAAACAUAUUUUUAAUUAAGUUAUAUUUGUACAUUCAACUUCAAACAUUGCCCUUUUUGCCCUUUUAUCGUCCUUACCUGAAAUGAGUUUAUUUAAUUUCCUUGCUUCCUGUCCAUUAUAGUAACUCUUUGCUCUGUAGGGAAUAUCAAGAAUUCAACAAACAUUUGUAUGUGUUAUAUCAAUUUGUGGGAUGUGUUCCAAGUUGUAAGUUAAAACGGAGCUUGCUAAAUGGCCUUUCACUGAAGUUGGUACUAGGGUGUGAGAGAGGUGUUGCACAUUUCAUUUCCAUUCAUGAACACACUUAAAGCAAGUCUGCUGUUGUUUGCUUGGUUACAGAUCUUUUUGUUGAUUUGAUUGCUUUAUGCUGGCAUACCCAGAUAAAUGGAUGUUUGACUAAGAACUUAAGAUGUAGGGUUUUGAGCAAUGAUAUGAUGCAUUGAUGGUAAUUUACCUGAAUAUUUCUCUGUCAUAAGACAGCUGAAAAGACAUUUUAUAUAUAAAAAUCACUGUCAGUUAGUUUGCCUGUCUGUUCACAUCACACUGUGUCUCAGCUUUAACUUGUAAACAGUUCAAGAGAUUCAAUGAAACAUUACAUAAAUGUAAAUCAUGAUGAGAGCAAUCAGGUCUUUACCUCCAAGGUCAAGGUCAGGUCUGUACCACCAAGGUCAAGGUCAUAGGCAAGAAGUUUUAUCCUAAACUGACCAAGGUAAGGGCCCUUUUACUUUGUGGCAUUUAUUACUUAAUACAGUGAAACACCGCUCACUCGAGCAUCGAUGACUUGAGCACCCGGGCUCGCUCGAGCAAUUCAUGUGGUCCCGGCCGAUUUCCUUCAAUUUUCUUUGCGAAAUUACCAUGGCUGGGUCGAGCAUCGAUAACUCGAUCGCUCGAGCAUGACACCUGAUCCCUGUGUAUUCAUUUAUUCUUUGUUUCUUCUGGCAAGCUCGAGCAGAAGUGUCAAAAUUUUUCACACCUUCGGCGUCAGAAUGUAUCGGUUAAUCAAAAAAUUUUCACACACCGCGAGAAUUGCGUAGUCUAUUCCCAGACUAUCUUAAAUUUGUUAGUCGGUAUAUUUGAUCUUAUAAUGAGAUUGAUAAACGGUUUAAGAAAAGUUUUAUUGAUCAAAUAUCGAUCAAUUACUGAUUACUUGAAACAUCUUUUCUGCGGGAUCGAGAAGAUAGUUAUGAGAUCUUAAUAUUUUAAUCAGCAGUUGUUUGCAUGCAAAUGAAGGAAGUAAUAUAACCUUUUCAUUAAAUUGAGACGAUAAUUAUGAUAUGCACUUGCUGAUGAAUAUAAAUAAAAAGUCUUAGUUGUUUCUUCACAUGUGCCAUUUACAAAUUACCUAUUGAAACGUCUAUCAAAGAUAACGUUUGUAAUACGUUUUUUUCAUUUAAAAUGUCACAAGUAUGUUAUUAUUACGCAUCACCGUUUAUUCUGCAAACGGUCCCGAUGAAAAUUGGUACAAGUAUCUUCAAUUUUCUUCGUAUGUUGGUCAAUGCUUGGGUCGCUCGAAACCAUGGAUAACUCGAGCAUUUUGCCCAUCCCCUUGCGACCUCGAGCGAGCGGUGUUUUACUUAACUUUUUUACAAUACAGAGGAUUUGGGUCAUUUGGGAUUGGAACUGUGGGUGUUAUUAGUGUGAAUAGCCCUAUGGUCCUUUCAUAGGGGUUUAUGCCAUUAAGAUAUAGGAUUAAUAGUUCCUGUCUUAAAAGAAGUGGUUUUAAUAAUGAGGUGGUCUUUAUUAAGGAAUGUUCUUAAUAUGGGGUUCUGCUGUAGUUCGGUCAGUGUUAGAAAUUAAGAUUUUAUUUGAAAAUAUUAAUGUCUUUCAUUGUCUACUUUCCUGUUGUUUAACAUUUUGAAAAAAAGUAUUUAAUUUAGCUAAAAUAUUUAGUGAUAGGGUUUUAAAUAUCAUAAUAGAGGUAUAAAAAACGCAUCUGUUAAGGUAGUUCUGCAUGUUUGAUAAACUGGAAGUGAUGGCAUAAUGUCAUUUAUCAAGAAACCGUAGAAUAAAAAAUGGAUUCGGCAUACGGAAAUCAAAAUCAUUUUAUGAAUUAAUUGCAACCUGUGAGUAAAUUUGUUACAAUGGCACUGUUACUGUCUUUCCAAAGUUAAAAUAUGAUACUGAAAAAAUUAGACAUGUUAAAUAAUUCAAAAUAAUGUUAAAAAAUUAGCGUGGACUGUGCGGUUCACUUUAAUCUUGGAAAAUAUCUCGUAAAAUAAGCACAUGGACCUAUUCAUUUUACUUCAUUACAUUGUAGGCCAUAUGUUUAUGUACAACAGUGAGAAGUUUCAUUAUAAUCUAGAUGCAUUGUAUAAAAAAUUCUAUUUGCGAAAAUGUUAUGAAAGUUAUGAUUUUCGCAUAGACUCCCAUUCUGAAAAAUUGCGUGAGGUCCAACUUUUUCAAAUCAGUCUAGCAAAAAAUCAAACUCUUGACCCUAUCUUUUUUAUUUGCUGUAUUUUCUUAGUAUAUUCUGAAGUUUUAAAAAAUCAGAGUUUAUUCAAAUUCUACAUUGUAGAAAAAAUUUUGAUCCAAACAUGCAUAACUACCUUAAAUGAAGACAGCCAGAACUAUGCACUGGUCUGUACAUCUUCAGAGGUAAAUUGUUGAUAAGCAAUCUGUAAAUUGUUUAAUAUAACAUACAUAUGCAAAUCAGUUAUUUCUUUUUGUCAAAAUUUUGUGUUCAGAUUAGGGACUUUCACAUCCACAGGAUGUUAUAAUGAUCAACAUCUGUCUAAUUUUUGUCACAAUAUUGAUUUGAAAUAAUACUUUUUCCAAAAGAAAUUACAAUUAAUUCUAAAACCUUAAUUGCCACGUUACUGUUAACCAGUUAACUAUUGACAUCCAUGACUUUUAUAUGAUAAAAAAUGAUUUUAAAAAAUUUGCAUUUCAUCUCACACUUGUACUUCUGAUUUGAAUAGAGUAAUUUUUAUUCCCAAGAAUUUUGUACAAAAUGUGUCUUUGGAUGUAUAUUUUACUUCACAAGUUAAUCCUGUAUUUAAUUUACUAUGACUUUGUAACUUAUUGUGAUAGUAUUUAUACUUUUGAUUCAAAAAUAAACUUUAAAUAUUAA